CUCCCACCCCGUGCGCUUCUACUCGGCAUCCCUUCGAGUCCCUCCUCGAUCCGGGUAUCUUCUUCGCACCAUCACCGCCGAGCCGGCGCGACAUUGCCAACUCUUCCGACUGCAUUCGAGGAGAAGGAAUCGUCAAGGUUUUCAUCUUCGCUUUUAUCCAAGACAACGGUUUUUGAAGCAUGGAGGAGAGCAAACGGUUUUUGAAAGGUGUAAAGCGUGGAGGAAACGUUAAAGAGAUCCAACGAUUUUUGAAUGAAAGGUUUGGUGUAAAGCGUAAAGCGUGGAGGAGACGUGAAAGGUGUAAAGCAGAACGAUUUUUGAAAGGUUUGGUGUAAAGCAAGACGUGUAAAGCAAAACAUUUGAUUAUUGUUGCCCCCUUUUUUUUCUUUUUCUUUUUUCCUAUACCGGGCAUGAAGUUGGACUCAGAGCUGGCUUUGUUCAAUAAAUUAUAUGUCGAUCAGUUACCCCUCAUAUAUAGUUACGCUUGUAUCAUAUAAGGAUUACAGAUUUAUUCUUUUGUUCCAUCCCUUUCAGUUGAUGUCAGAAGCAUGAGUGGAUGGUGCCCUUGUUGUGCAGCCUAUAAAUCACAUGUUUGAUCACUCUUUAGUAACUAAGUUAAUUUAUCAUUUUCAUAUACAGUGCAACCAGAGAACUUUUUAUUCCUUCUACAAUCAUUUCAUAAAAUGUAUUUGUAUACACUUGACCUGAGAACAGGUUUUUUUAAUUGGGAAAAGGAAGAUAAUGAUUUUGCAUUUCCAUAUGAUAGUGUUUUGAAGAGGCAUCCAUCUAAAUUCAUUGGUUGUUGUUUAGCAAAUCCUGCAGAAGAUGGAACUGGUAUUAGGCAGCUCGAAGAUCUAGUUUUAAAGGAUAGAUAUCGAGCUGUUCGAUUCAAUCCGUAUCUUUGGCCUUCUGGUCAAAAGAUGACAAAUGAAAUUGGAAAAGCAAUGUUCUAUAGAGCUGGAGAACUUGGAGUACCAGUGGGAAUUAUGUGUAUGAAGGGUCUUAGUCUACACAUAUCAGAAAUAGAGGAGCUCUGUGAAAACUAUCCUUCAACCAUUGUACUACUUGACCACAUGGGUUUCUGCAAACCACCAAUGACUGAUGAGGAACACAAUACCUUCUCGUCAAUGCAGGUAGUGUUAAGUCAUUUCUGCACAAAUUACAUAAUGUGGUAUAUCAUAUGUCCUCUACUUGUUGCAGCUGGGCAUGCAGUCACAAUUCUUAUGAUUUCAAUUUUUAAUAUAUCUUGUCAAAGCUACUGGCAUGCUCAAGACACAUUUUUAAUUUGUAAUAUAUGUUCGAUAAGAAUACUGAUCUCUGUGCACAUUGUAUUAGAAGACCUAACUAUCCCUUUCUAGUUUAUUAUAUAUUUAGAUUAAUAGUGUUAGUCUAGCCCAUCUUCAGGCUAUCCAUUUGUUAAAAUACUAGUCUCAAGCAUGUGCUUUACAUGCUACGGAUGAUCAAAUUAUAUAGACGGCUGAGAAGUGGGAUGGGGACUCCAAAGGGCCGAAAAUUGCUUUCAUAUUGAAUAAGCAAAAUUUUCAUGCUAGGUUGAACUUUUAAAAUUCUUGAGUAUAUUGCUUGUCUGAUUCAUGGUUUCAUAAACCCUCAAAUAAGGAAAUUUUGAACGUAGUUAAGUUCAAAAUUACAGGAUAUUAUUGAGAAAAAAAAGACUCCAUAUGGGGAUGAUGGCCUUGCCACAUUGUAGGCGCUUCGUAUUCUUGGCAAAGAGCCAUAUCUAAACUUCUAACAUUUUCCUUUAGAUUAUUAUAGGACAGACCUUGACCGGGAGAUCCUCAUCUCUCGGAUUGUUUGAUU